UUAGUGUCGUUGGGAGGAAGCGAGCCGGGCGGCGGAGCAGAUUAUGCGCCUGAAAUAUUAAUAAACAAGUUCUACUCGUAAAACUGUCGAGGGUGAAGUUGAGGCCGCCGCGGACCGAUAAGGAGCGGAAGAAGCGAUGGAUAUUAACUUCUAUUUACAGGGUUUUGAAGACAGUGUCAGCAGUUAUGCAGGAGAUGACCCUCUUGACCCCUGGGAUAAGUUUGUGGAGUUUCUGGACUGCAGGAUGGCUGAAGAAGAGAAGAGCGGCCUGGUGGUGGUGCUGGAGCGGCUGGUUCAGAGAUUCCUGCAGGAUAAACGCUACAACAACGACCCCAGAUACAUCAGACACUGCAUCAGCUGGGCGAGUUAUUACUCCGAGCCGAUAAAGCUGUACAGUUACGUCCACAGUCGUGGUGUGGGCGCGCGGGCGGCGCCGCUCUACGUGGCCUGGGCUCAGCACUUCGAGCGUAAAGGUCUGAUCCCUCAGGCUGAGCAGGUCUACCAGAGAGCCAUAGAGAACCAGGCGGAACCACUGGACACGGUCCAGCAGCAGUACAGACUGUUCCAGAGCAGAACCGCUAAAAGUCCCGCAGCGCCGUCAGAUCAUGUGAGGAAUCCUCUGCAGAAUUCUCAGCUGGUUAAUCAGAGUCUGCGACAGAGAGAGACGCUCCAGUCGCAGUGUAAGGAGCCAGAAAACAGUCCAGCUGACCGAACCGUCCGCAUAGUCUCUCGUUCGGAGAAUAACCCGAAGCCCAGCAGCUGCAGCAGCUCGGUGGAGUGCGUGUCCAUGUACUGCGUGAAGGAACUGGAGUGUGAAGGUUCCGAACUUUCCUUCGAGGAGCUCCGAGCUCGGCGAUACUUCACCAAGUGCAGACAGCAGGAGCUGCAGAGAAAGCAGGAGGAGGCGAUACGGAGGUGGGAGGAAGAGGAGGAGGAGGUGGUGAGGAUGAAGAAGCUGCUGGAGGAGCUGAACAGCAAACUGAGUACAGAAGAACAGCAGGAGAACCAAAACCCACCCUCACAGCAGGAGCUGAUUGGUGCUGAAUCAUACAGCACUCAGGACACACUGGACCGGUCAGUGAGACCAGCUCUGACCCCAACUGUGCCCGAAGUUGCAGCCCCACGUCCUGUAUGUGGGCCUGAACAGCCCUCCUUGUCUUUUAUGGGGCUUCAGCCAGCACCAGAGCGCCCCCUGCUGAGCGGGAGGAAGUCUGAGUCCCACCUGCUGUGGAGCAGCGCCAAGGUCCCGGCGUCCAGACUGAGUCUGUCUCUGAGUGCAGCUUCCAGAGCUCAGCUUGGAUUCAGCGCCGCCGCGGCCUCGCCGUCGGACUCGGACACACAUGCUGCAGCGCUACUGCGGCCGGCGGAUCAGAGAGCCGUGAGCCAGGCCGAGCGCUCGGUCCUCGAAGGCUGCGCUCAGAACCCGGCAGCGUCAGAGCGAGACACAUCUGAACACGUGGAGGCAGACGGAGACGCGAACGCAGACACGUCUCACGGAGCCUUUAAUCACUCUCACGUCACUCCUAACACGUCUCUGGGUCUGAUUUCGGCGACUCCCUCACGUGCACUUCCCUCUCCCACCGUAAACACACGAGAGGCUCUGGACGUGAUCAUGGACAUGUUCCAGGCUCCGACGCUGCUGCAGGACACGCUGUUCAACACCACGAGCCACGCAGCCAACGACAGCUUCGAGAAGAACUGCAGAGUGACCGGUUUUGCUCCCCCGUCAGCGAAACCUCCCUCAGCGCCUUUCAGAAUAUAUCAGGAUGAAAACGGUGAAAGCAGAAGAGAGGAGGUGGAGAAGACCAGGCCAGCAGCUCGAGCUCUGAUGGAGAUCCCAGUGUCCAAACCCAACGACACUCCUGUCGGUGUGGAGUCUCUGACGGACGAGAGUGCGAUGUGGGGUCCUCGAUACGCCUCCAUAACCGCCUGCCCGAACCACACUCGCGACUUCGCCAUGUCCGCCCACCUGGUGUCCACCCCCCUCCACCCCACCGCCCCGUACACCUGGGACACCGAGCACAACCAGGAAAACAGAGGUUUCAGCGGGACGGAUGAGAACCCCUACCAGCGCCAGCCCGCCAAACUCAGUCCGAUCCUGGAGCAGAGUCCGUCUGAGGAGAAGCCGUCUGAAGCUGCGGAGUGCAGUCUGAGGGCUCAGGGCACCAUCGUCGGAGAGGGAGUGAGUCUCCCACAGCAGAACCAGACGCUCUCUCAGACCCACAACCAGACCAGCUGCAGCAUGAGCAGGAACCCACUGGCCCCUCUGGCUCUGCACGACCACACGGCCGAGCCCAGCAGGGCCCUUAGCUCCACCACCAAACCCAGCUGGAGCAUCUACCAGAGCCCCGACAGAACCGGCCAGAUGGAAUCAAACAGAGAACCCCUCUCAAGCAGCAUGCAUUCGGUGAGAGAACCCAAACCAGACCAGCUCAGCUCAACUGGCCUGCAGGUUAACUCUAGUUUCACCACCAAACCCAGCUGGAGCAUCUACCAGAGCCCAGAGAGAACCAGCCUUACAGGUUCUAAUGGAGAACUGCACUCAAACAGCAUGCAUCUGGUGAGAGAACCCAAACCAGACCAGCUCAACUCAACUGGCCUGCAGGUUAACUCCAGCUUCAGCAGUAAACCCAGCUGGAGCAUCUACCAGGGCCCAGAGAGAACCAGCCAUACAGGUUCUAAUGGAGAACUGCACUCAAACAGCAUGCAUCUGGUGAGAGAACCCAAACCAGACCAGCUCAGCUCAACUGGCCUGCAGGUUAACUCUACUUUCACCACCAAACCCAGCUGGAACAUCUACCAGGGCCCAGAGAGAACCAGCCAAACAGGUUCUAGUGGAGAACUGCACUCAAACAGCAUGCAUCUGGUGAGAGAACCCAAACCAGACCAGCUCAACUCAACUGGCCUGCAGGUUAACUCCAGCUUCAGCAGUAAACCCAGCUGGAACAUCUACCAGGGCCCAGAGAGAACCAGCCAAACAGGUUCUAGUGGAGAACUGCACUCAAACAGCAUGCAUCUGGUGAGAGAACCCAAACCAGACCAGCUCAACUCAACUGGCCUCCAGGUUAACUCCAGUUUCACCACCAAACCCAGCUGGAGCAUCUACCAGGGCCCAGAGAGAACCAGCCAUACAGGUUCUAAUGGAGAACUGCACUCAAACAGCAUGCAUCUGGUGAGAGAACCCAAACCAGACCAGCUCAGCUCAACUGGCCUGCAGGUUAACUCUAGUUUCACCACCAAACCCAGCUGGAGCAUCUACCAGGGCCCAGAGAGAACCAGCCAUAGAAGUUCUAACAGGGAGCACACAGCAGACCAGCUCAGCUCUGCUGGCCUACAGGUGAACGGAGUGCUCAACUCCUCCAGCCUGCAUUUAGCGACAGAGCUCAGACCAGACCAGCCAAACUCGAGCGGUCUGCAGCCCCUGGGAGUGGACGCAUGCUCUGGUCAGGGCGAGGCUGAUCUUCUCCUGCCAAAGCGGUCUUUCCACCGGCGCAAAUCAGAAAAACAGCAGAACCGAGAGAUCCACCAGGAUGUUCCUAUGAGUCCAGAACCGGCCCCGGGAUUCAGCUGGCUUCAGGUGGACAGUCCAGCGCAACUCGCUGAACCCGACCUGGACGUGAUGGUCAGGUCUAUGGUCAGGUCACCGCAGACCUACGGAACGACCUCUGGAUCUCUGGCUGCCGGGUCCAAACCCAGCUGGAGCGUGUACCAGAGUCCAGAGAAACCAUCUGAACCACGACACAUCCCACAGAGCCCGGAGCCCAUGGAGGAAUCGGAUCACCAUCCGUUCCCAAUGCUGGAACAGUCCGGAAUUCUGCUUUCCAAGAGAUCCUUUAACAGGCGGAAAUCGGAGAAGAGGGUUUUGGAGGUCGUACAGAAAUCUCUCCUGUCGAGUCCGAAACAAGCCUCCAACCCGAUCCAGGACGUCCCCAUGAGUCCAGAACCGGUUCCAGGGCUGAACUGGCUCUGUGCGGAGAGUCCGGCACGCAUGGCUGAACCUGAUCUGGACGUGCUGAUGACGCCACCACAGACAUCUAAAACAUCUGCAGUGGUGGACGUUCCUCCUGCAGCACACCAGCUGCAGGGUUCUGGACCUGAUUACACUCCCUCAGUGCUGGUGUCUGACCCGUGGGAUGAGGAUUUGAUCGCGUCUCUGCUCUCCAGCCUGAAGACUCCUCUCUCCUCCUACCCAAACCUCAGAGUCUGGACACACAGCCUCCCUGCCAUCACCCCCAAGAUGACCGUCCAGAUGGCGGAGGAGUCCCUGCGGGUGGACUUCGUACUGGGUCAGGGUGCUUUCGCCACCGUCUACCAGGCCACCAACCUCACCACUUCGGACAAACUCAUCCUGAAGGUGCAGAAGCCGCCGAACCCCUGGGAGUUCUACAUCAACAGCCAGCUGGACGGUCGGGUGCAGCCGAGAGCGCGACACCUGUUCAACCAGCUCCACUCCGCUCACCUGUUCACCAACGGCAGCGUGCUGGUGGGGGAGCUGCACAACUGCGGGACUCUGCUGAGCAUGGUGAACCUGUAUAAGAGCCGCAGUGAGAAGCUGAUGCCGGCGCCGCUGGUUCUCUACUUCAGCGUCUGUAUCCUGCAGAUGGUGGAGCAGCUGCACCGAGCCAGCAUCGUCCACGCCGACAUCAAACCUGACAACUUCCUGCUGGGAGAGAGGUUCCUGGAGAACGAGGACUUUGAUGCUGAGAAUCUGGAUCACGGUUUGGUUCUUAUUGAUUUUGGUCAGAGCAUCGACAUGACCCUGUUCCCCCAGGGCACGGCCUUCACUGCCCGCUGCAUGACCUCCGGCUUCCAGUGCACAGAGAUGCUGAGCGGCCGGCCGUGGAACUACCAGACGGAUUACUUUGGCAUCGCCGGCACCGUCUACUGUAUGAUAUUCGGGUCGUACAUGCAGGUUAGAAACGAAGGUGGAGUUUGGAAAACUAACGGAGUCUUUAAGAGGAAUCCUCACGCUGAUCUGUGGCAGGAGUUUUUCCACGUUCUCCUGAACAUUCCGGACUGUAACUCGUUGCCGUGUCUGCGGCGUCUGCGCGAGUGUCUGUCUGCAGCGCUGCUGGAGAACUACAGCAACAAACUGCGCAGCCUCAAAAACCGGCUGGUGGUCCAGAUCCUGGAGGCGAGGAGCGCCCGCAGAUAGAGCCU